AUGCCGGUCGCCGGAACCAGCAUCUCACCUCGCAGAAAUCAAAGAAGCAGGGUAAUUAAAGCCAAAGUACAAAUGAACCCAGCUUGGGAAUGCUUUAAAACUUUUCCGAGUGUUCUUUAGAGCGCUCUGAAGCCGAAAAAUAAUAAAUCCAGUUUUUUAAGCCUUAUACCCAUUCCAGGUAAGCCUUUAAGUGGUCUUUCUCAAGGUUUAAAUCCUGUCCAGCCAUACCUCGAUUCAAUAGCAAAAUUCGAGAAAACUGUCCUUUAUGUAUCUGGAUUCUUUAGAGACUUUCUCGGAAUCGUAACAGAAAAGUUUUUUGGUAGUAAAAUCAUUGAAACUUGGUUGGGUACUUUAGAAGGGUCUAGUCGUAAAAAUUGCGUCUCUCGUUUUUUAGUAGAGUGAUGACGCAUUUAAGGCUCUAGAAACCAUCAUUUACUCCACAGAAAAUGAAGGUUUCUAACUUUGGACCUUCAUAACUCUACUAAAAACUAAAAGACGUUUUGUUCUGAUAAUCAGGCCGCUCUAAGGCACAUUCAAGCUAAGUUUGAUCAAUUUCUCAAGCUGGGAGUAGUUGUACUUUCCUUGAUAGGUGAAAAAGUCCGACUUUAGACACCUGCAAUUAUAAUCGAUGAGGAGGAGGAGCCAGAAGUUCCGCAGUCCUCUGGGACAUGUAGAGGACAGGGCCGAAGGAAGGUUCAAAUUUGCGAUGCUCAAGACAUUUCGGUUGCCGGACCCAGUGUCUCACCUCGCAGGACUCGGAAAAGCAAUGUAAUUUCACUUUGAAAAUCUUUAAACGAGGGUGAAAAGAGACCCAGCUCGGAAAAAAAAAAAAUUAAAAUUUGCUGAGAAGUCCUCCAGAGCAACCUAGACACUGCGAAACAUGUCGCUUUUUUGACUGAUUUUCUAGAAAAAAGCGGGAUAAAUAAGGAGAGUUGAAAAAGUUUUAAAAAUUCCCUGAAAGGACUUUGGACUUGCUGAUUCAAAAUUUCAAUUUUUUUUCUGAUAAAUUUCACGUUAAGCUUCACUAACACGUGCUUCAAAGAGGUUAAUGUUGAGGAAAAAUCACCAAAUCAUGAAUUUUCAUAAUUUAUCUGUGAUCCGAACUUCCUAUAGUACCUCCCAAGAAAUUUUGAUUAAAUUCCAGAGCUGGGUCUAUUUUCAACUUCUUUCACGCUGGGUGAAAUCCAAUUCAAGAUAGAUUUUAGACACCCAUAACCGAUGAGGAAGAGAAGAAGCCAGACAUUUCAACUAAGGGACAAGGCCGCAAAAAGGUUCAGACAUGUCUUUUUGUGAAACUUUGUAACGGCGAAUGUUUAAAAAAAAAAUCACUAAAUCAUGUUUUUUUAAUAACUGAUCUGUUAUCCGAAGAUCCUGUACUCCAUUUCAAGUCCAAACGACCUCAAAAAGACCUUAAAAAGAAUAGUCUAAAGCUCCUUUUUGAGUUCCCUAAAAUGUGUCAAAAGUUUUUCGGAAUCUCCUUUCCUUCAAUUUUUCCCCCUUACAAGGGAAGUGUUUUUGGUGGCCGGUUGAACUUUUGUUGAAACUUUGCUGAAAGGUACUAUAAGACCUCCUCUUUCCAGAACACAAAUAAAUUUCUCGCAAUAGAUCUCGUUUUCGAGUUAUGAAGCUUCAAAGUUUGCACGCUGAAUAAGUGCUGCAAGGAAAGGGGGAAUGUGGCUCGCGUACAAUCCCUCCACUCCAGUUGGCAGCGUGGUAUAGUGGCUAGCGUCCUUGCCCUGCGGUGUCUCUGACCGGGGUUCGAAACUUUUUGAAGAAAUUCGUUUUUGUCAAAACUUUCCUAGGAGGAAUUUAUCGUCAUUGAGGAAAUAGACCAAAACUUUCUUUCCAAAAGAACAUAGUUUCUCAUUUCAUUCGUUUUACCAAGACUUUCGACAAACAUUUUCCUUCGACCCAUGGGCAUGAUCAAUAGAUCACUUUCUGCAUUUUUUUCUCAAAAAUCUAGAGGAGACUUACUCAUCUUGCUGUGGCGUAAGUUUUUAUUUGAUUCCUUCAAAUUUAUCAACUGGACUGAAACGCUGAUUAAAAGGCAUUUUGAACUUUUGGGACCAAAAAAAUGGACUAUUAACCAUGUUUAUAAGCGGAAGAAAGCUUUUUAAUCGGUAUAUCGAAACAAAAUGAAGAAAUAUGUUGAUUCGGAAAAAUUUUUUUAAUUGAUUUUAACAAUGUCGAUAAAUUCCUCCUAUGAAAGUUUUGGCAAAAACGAAUUUCUUCAAAAAGUUUCGAACCCCGGUCAUAAGCACUGCAGUGCAAGGACGCUAGCCACUAUACCACGCUGCCAACUGGAGUAGAGGGAUUUUACGCGAGCCACAUUCCCUCUUGCUUUGCAGCACUUAUUCAGCGUGCAAACUUUGAAGCUUCAUAA